AUGCAUUCAAAGUGGCCUUCACUUACUUCGGAUGAUCACAUCUUCUGGAACAACCAGUGGAUUAAACAUGGAUCUUGUAGCGGUUGGCCUCGGGUAAGAUACAUUAAUGAGGUAUUGGAAUUUUAUGAGGCCUAUAAGCUGCUUAUGUCAGCUGGGAUAAUAUCGAAAUACGAAUAUACUUUCCAAAGGGCUCUUCGAAACAUAUACAGACCUAUUUUUGAAGCAGCCGAUUGGGAAGCUAAUGGAGAAGUAGUAGAGCUAGUUAUAGGUGUUGAUUGCUUGAAUUUAAAUCAGCUAUACCAGAUUAGGGUGUGCAAGACUUCAGAUUCCAAUAAUUUCAAAGAUUGCCCUUAUCAGGGCAAUUGUCCUAGAGUAUUCAGAUAUGUGAAGUACAAGGUUAAUGAGAAACCAACACCACAGAGUCUUAUUCCGAAAAACAUCAUUUUGAUCAUACCAACAAUUGGCAAAGGGAUGAAUUCUAAGGUGGGAGCAAAGAUAUCACAGGUUGGACCUAAGCCGACUGGUGUUGCGGGUCGAAUGGGAGGAUGGCGGCUUGGAACGAGUGAACCUAUCAGUCAGAAAGUGUCUCCUUUAAAGGUUUUGGAUAAUGUCAAUCUACUGCAUAAGAGUAAUAAGUCCUAUCUGCCUCUAUGUUGCAACAAGGAUUCAGAACUUAAGUCUUCCAAUACCAGCUUAGAAGACUGUUCAAGAUCUUUUUCUGGUUUUAGUUUUCCUGAUGAGGACAGUUUAACACAUGACGGACCUUUCUCGACCCUUGAAGUGCUUGAAGUGAGAAUUCCACCUCGUAUUGAUAGUUUCAUGUCUUCUCCUGAAAGCAAUCUGAUUGAAGAUGAUUUGGAUAGUCCAGACUCAACUUUUGAGGAUGAUCAGCAUCCAGGCUAUGACUGUUCUGUAAAGGGAGCUCCUGAAUUAAACACAAAGUCCGAUGAUGCCUUUUUUUGUCAAUUUCAAAGACGGAUGGCGGCUUGGAACGAGUGA